AGCAGGCCCUUGGGCUCCUCUGUGCUGGUGACCCCAGGGACGGCGUCAGCGACAAGCAAAGCCCACCCGGCCCGGCCGAGUGCAACCUGGGGUAUUUCAAAGACCAGGACCACCCGGAGACGUGUCACCCAUGCCGAAGAUGGGGCGUCUGUGCCCGCGCUCCCCGGGGCGGGCUCGGGCUGCGGCCGGGCCCCUCGCCGCCUCCUGCCUCGGCCUCUGUCUUCCAAAGCUUCUCUCCGGCUCUGCUCCGUCUCCGCGCCGCCUCCUCGCGCCCGUCUGGGCUCUGACUUCUCUGCUUCUCGCCGUCUUGAUGAAUCUCCCUCGGUCGGACCCUGGCCAUUCGGGCCCGCCCGGGUCUGUCGGACACCCAAACCCGUUACAUCUGCAGGCCUGUGAGAAUGCUGCUGAGACUCGCCCCUGCACGCCCACGAGCGACAGAGUCUGUGCUGGAGACGCGCGCCCGGGGCCCGCCCCUGCAGCCAGACCCUCGGGCAGCGAUGCCGUCACCGGACUCCCAGGCAGGACGCGCCCCACCCGGGGAGCCGGGGACCCCGGCCCAGCACCCACAGAAGGCUCGGGGAGCGGAGGCGGUGCGGGCCCUCUCCUGGCGUGCGUCCUGGGCUCCUUAGCCGUCUUAGCCGUCUUAGCCAUAGUGUUCCUGGUGCUCAUUAAGUUCCCGCGGGGGCGUGCCUGCCUCUCUGACACAGGCCGGAGGCUCUGGAGGCUCCGUCGGUGUCUCCUGGACCGCGGGAACCUGCUUGCAGGAGCGGUGAGGAUGCUGAGCGGCCCGCUCCCGGCCCCCCUGCUGAAGGCUCUGCCGCAGCCCUCCAGAGACGCCCCGGACCCCGAGGAGGCGGUGGCCAGCCUCGGUGACCGCCCACCCGCUGACCAACCUGGCAUGGAGCUGCUGCCCCGGGAGCCCGGCCGUGUGGAGCAGGAAUAGGAGCAGGCCUGGCGUCUCACCAACCCUCCCUCCCUGACGCUCCCGACACGCCUUCCUGCGUGUUUGGGUCAUGGUGCCGGGCGAUGGGGGUGCUCGCCGGUGAGGUUUGUGGGACCAGUGACCGUGCGACGGAGCAACGUCCCCGGAGUCUCCUGCAGGGCACAUCAAGCUGGGGAAGGAGGCGCCUCUGUUCGGCUCCUGACGGGGCCCGGAGCUCGGCAAAGCAUCCCCCACAGCUUGGUGCUGGAAACCUCCCAGGCCUGGGCCCCGGGCCCCUGCCAGCUUCUCCCAGGAUACGUCACUGCCAGCUUCUCCCAGGACACGUCACUGUGUCUGACUCUAUCUCACUGUCCGUGGUUAUUGAGAGGUCGGGAAUGGGCUCACGGAGAGAAGCCGCGAGGCCGAGAGCGGACCCAGGCCGGGAAGGGCCACUGACCUCGUGGGCGAAGCUGCAAUAUAUAUUAUAUGUAAUAAGGGCAUAUUUAUAUAUUAUACAUAAUAUUAUAUAUGAUAAUAAUACAGUUAUUAUUUUAACCAGUACUGUAGGUUAGGUGACGUCGUCAUGAGACUGUGACUUUUGAUAAGAUUUUUUUGGCUUUCUGGGUCACACCCGGUGGUGCUCGGGGCUCACUCCUGCCUGGGCUCGGGGGCCCAGACGGGGGCUGGGCCUGGCCCCGAGCCAUGGGAGCACCGUUCCCGCUGUGCCAUCUCUCUGCCCUGAGCCCUGCUGGACCUUCCGCGUGUCCCUGAGCCCCCACGGCACUGCACAGCGGGCGUGCCGCCCCUGUGGUGCUCCCGGGCCUCCUCCAGAGAGAGCCUGGGCCCGGCUCCGCCUCGGGCCCGCUGGGACUGGCCCUUCCCGAGGUGUGGUCAGCUUCUAGCGGGGGUCAGCUGCAGGGAGAAGGGCUUGAUCGCGGAGUCUACGGUGCUCCCAGCCGGUGCUCCCCCCGAGCGUCUCGGGGUCACUGCCUCCUCACCCACACGUCCAGCCUGACGCCAGUGCUGGACAAGCCCCAGGCCUGGCCGUUCACUUCCCCCGUUUCCGGCACCUUCACCUUCCCGCUGAUGUGAAUAUGUAACCCUUGACCCCUUCUCUGUCCCCCUUUGCCCCGUUCUCACCCCGCGUGGAUCUCGUUCCUUUUGCCUCUCUGUGACCCUGUUUGCCCCUAAUAAAGUUGCCGCUGGCGA